AUGCCGGACCACCCCACCACACAGCCGCUCGGCUCUACAACGACCAACACCUCGGACUCGGCUUCCCAAGAUAUCGCACCCACACCAGCACCCGACACCGCAGUAGCCACGCCCAUGUACAACGAAAAGUUGACUCAUCCAGAUGACGACACCGACAUCGAGGCCACCGCAUCCCAGGCAGCCAUGUCGCUCAAAACCGAACACGACCUCGGCGACGCCGUCGCCAAAGCGCAGGCUGGCGACGCCAACAUCUCCUUCCCAGAGGGCGGCUUCAAGGCUUGGCUCUGCGUAUUCGGCGGAUGGUGGUGCACCUUCAUCACUUUCGGCUACCUCAACGCCUACGGCAUCUUUCAGGACUACUACCAGCAGACCACCCUCUCCCACAAGACGCCCAGCCAGAUCUCCUGGAUCGGCGCAUUCCAGUACUUUCUCAUGUUUGCCCCCGCUAUCUUCGCCGGCAGGCUCUUUGAUCUUGGCUUCUUCCGCCCCCUCUUCGCCACCGGAUGCGUCCUCCUAGUCUUUUCUCAGAUGAUGGUCAGCCUCUGCACAGACUACUACCAGCUCUUCCUCGCACAGGGCGUCGGACUCGGCCUCGGCUUUGGUCUCGUGUUCAACCUCGCCAUCAACUGCCCAGCUCACUACUUCAACCGUCGCCGUGGCGUCGCCCUCGGCGUCGUUGCUUCCGGAUCCUCCACGGGCGGCAUCAUCUUCCCCAUCAUGGUGCGCAAGCUCAUACCUCAGAUCGGUUAUGGAUGGACCAUGCGCGUCGUCGGCUUCUUCGCCCUCUUUGCCGUCACAAUAGCCUGGUUCUCCCUCUCGACCCGUCUGCCCCCCUCGAUCGACGUGCACGACAAGUCAAAGGGCGGAUGGAAGCAGAUCCAGUGGACCGACUUUUCCGCCUUCCGCAAUCCAGCUUACUCCUUUUUUGUCAUCGGCGCCAGCUCGAUCAUGUUUGGCCUCUACAUGCCCUUCUCCUACAUGGACGUAUGGACUUCCUCGCACAACAUCCCCGCCAACGGCUAUUUCCUCCCCAUCCUCAACGCCGCUUCCUCAUUCGGUCGAGUGCUUCCCGGCCUCGUGGCCGACAGGGUGGGUCGCAUCAACACGGUGCUGCCGCAUCUGGCCGUGUCCGGCAUCUUGAUCUUCAUCUUCCCGCUCUGCACCAACCUCGGCGGCUUGAUCACGUUUGCCAUCCUCUACGGCUUCACCUCGGGCUGCUACGUCUCACUCAUCCCCGCGUGUUCCUCGCAGCUCGGCAGCACUGCCACCGUCGGCGCAAGAAACGGCAUGAUGUUCUUCCUCAUGUCCUUCGGCGGUCUGUUUGGCCUCCCCAUCGCAGGCGCCAUCCUCGGCGACGUCGAAAAUGCAGAUUGGUGGGCCACCGCGGCCUACUCGGGCGCCAUGGUCGUCCUAGGCACCAUCAGCAUCGCCGCCGCCAAAUGGUACGCCGUAGGAGGCCGUAUCGGCGGCAAGAUCUAG